AUGGAUCAUUCAAAUAUUCCUGUGUUUAAAAGACCUACUAAACUACCAACAAGAGAAGAAUUAGCGUUGAUUUUUAAUAAUAAACAACAAAAAACAUCUUCAAAUUCAACACCAAGAAUUCUUGAAUUUACUACCAAUAAUAAUAAUGAUAAUCAACAACAAGGAAGUAAUUCUAUUGAUGAAUAUCCACUGAAUGAAAGUGUUUUAAAUUCAGUACCCAAAAAUAUCAUUCCAAUUGUUCAUGAACCAAAUUUAGUUUCUGAUUUUUUUACCGAUUUAACUACAGAUUUAAGUGAUCCAAGAUUAUCUUAUCAGAUUAAUGGUAUACUUCGAAAAUUCCCUCCUCCUAUUCCACCUCCAAUUCCUCCUCCAACUACAAUCAAACGUAAAUCUAAACCUCUUACAACCAAAGAACAUCAACAGCAACAACAGCAACAAGACCAACAAGAAGUAGUUGCUGGUGAUGCAGUGAAUAAUAAUAAUAAUAAUGAUUAUUCUAACGAUUAUGAAGACGAGGAGGAUGAAGAUGACGAAGAUGAAUAUUAUGAUGAUGAAGAUGAUGGUAGAGGUAUAAUGAUUCCAUUUAUUUAUCCACCACCACCAGUUGUAAAUUAUGAUAAAUUACCAUUUUCACUAGCUUCAUUUAAAAAGAAAUAUGAGUCUUUGUAUAAUAUCAAUCAACCAAUUGCAAAUAAUGGUUCAUCCACAGGAAUAAAUCAACCACCUAAAAGAGGUAGAAAACCUAAAAAUGAUUCAAGAGGGGUAUCACCAUUUAUGAAAUCACCAAAUUAUGAUAAUGAAAAUUUAGUUUAUGUUCAAGCUUUACCAUUACCUUUCCCACCACCUAAUUAUAUGAAAUAUCCUUUAAAUUCAGAUAAAGCAAAUUUAUUACCUAAUAAAGUUUUCAAUGAAUUAUUGGAAGCUAAUGAAGAAUUGCCUAGAAUUGAUAUGGUUGUUGCUAGUGCUGCCGGAUCAUUAUUUGAAAUGAGACAACAAGCUGAUAAAGAAGGAUUUAAUAUUUUAGGUUUUGAACUUGAUAAAUUAAAUCAUAAGAAAAGACGUGCCACUAGUCGUGAUGAUGAUGAUGGUGAUAGUACAGAAGUUUCCGAAAAUGAAAUUCAAGGCUCUGAUGACGAAACUAUGAAAGGUGGUGAUACUGAUGAUGAAAUGAAUAAAAAAGUUAAGAAUGAAAUUAUUAGAAAUGUUAAUGAUGACGACUACGACGAGGAAGAUGUGGUAAAUGUGGAUGAUGAGGAAGAUGAGGAAGAUGGUGAAGAAGAAGAAGACGAUGAUGAGGAAGAAGAUGGAACACUUGAUGAUAAGAAAUAUUUCCUGAAGAUUGAUAUUAACAAUUAUUAUGAUUAUUAUCAAGGUAAAGAAGGAGUUACAAAUGUAUUCGAAAUUAAUAUGACUGAUCCAAAAUUCACUAAAGUGCAACGAAAGUUAAGUAAUAUCAAAAACAAACCAAUUAGUGAAACAUAUAAAAGAGAAGAAGAGAUUGAAGAUGUUUAUGCAUAUCCUUCUGAAGCAAUUAGUAAUCUUUAUCGAAUUGAUCGAGAUGAUUUUUUCACCAGUUCAUCAAAAGAAUUGGCUUAUGCAUCAGGCACCAAUAAAGAUAGACGUCGAUUAGGAUUAAGAAAAUCAGUUGAAACUAUGGAAGAAUUUGAAAAGAAGUAUCGUAAAGAAAUAUUUCAAAUUAAAAAAUAUCAAUUAUUGAAAAGAAUUGAUGAUUUAAAGAAUUCAAAGAUUGAAUUUAACAAAAAUUUGAUUUAUGAUCAAGAAUUGAAAAAUAUCAAUGAAGAAUUGGAAAAUCAAAGAGAUGUUGAAUUGAUUCAAUUGAAAAUAUUUGAAAAUUAUGAAUUAUUGAAAAAUUCAUUAAAUUUUUAUAAUAAUUCCAAUAAAAUUUAUAAAAUUAUCAAUUUAGUAUUAAUUAAUAAACUUGAAAAAUUGAGAAAUUUCUUUGAAUUUCAAAAAAAGAUGUUUCAAGAUUAUAUUAAAAAUAAAAAAGAUAUAUUUGAUUUGAAUUCAAAAGAAUCGAAUAAAUUAAUACUUGGAUUAUCAAAUAAAGAUUAUUCAGUUGAAAUUAAAGAAAUUUUCAAAAAUUUAAUUAUUCAAGAUUUAUCCAAUCAAGAACAAUCUGAAUUAUCAUCUACAAUUAUACCAGAAUUAAAAUUUGAUCGAGUUGAUAAUAAUAAACAAGUUUUAAUUCAUGAUUUUAUGCCAUUAAUAACACCUGAAGAAUUUAAUAUCAUUACUGGAGAUUUAUCACGUAAAUCAUUAUCAUCAUCUUCAUCCUCCUCCUCCAAAAAUAAAAAUUCAAGUCAUAAAAAUUCAUCAACUAAUAAUAAGAGAAUAAUUCAAAGUUCAAUUUAUGAAAAAUUAUUAACUUCAGGAUCAGAUACAAAUUUAAGUGAUAGUGGUACAGGAACAACAACCAAUAAUAAUAAUUCAACACCAGGACCAUUAUCAUCAUCUUCAAAUUUACCUAAACGAAGAACAGGAGGUAGAAGAACAGGUAAUAAUUCAGAUAAAAAUGGAUAUUCAAGUAGUGGUGGAUAUGGUAAUCAACAAGGAAGUAAUAAUGGAUCUAAUUCAAAUUUUAAAACAAAUGAUUUAUUUAAAGAAUUUGAUACUGUUUAUUCAGAAGCUAGUAUAUUAGCUAAAAUAAUGAAACAAUUUAAUGGUCCACAAAUGGCUAAACCUGAUGAAUUAAUUAAUGAUUUAGAAUUAAUGGGUAUUGAAACUAAAUGGCCAGUUCAUAAAUGA